AUGCACGUGGAGCAAAAGCCCGGAGACAUAAAAAUACACCAGAAACAGAAUGUCGACCAGAUUUUGGCUAAGUACGACUUUGAGAAUAUCACGCCCGCUUACACGCCCGCGCGUGGCAAACUCACGAAACAUUACUGCGGCCAGCGAGCGACGUCCAUUCCUCCCACCAAACGGAUUGCAUGCACUGGUCAUUGA